AUGAAUAUCAACGGACCUAACGCGCCUGGCCGGUCGGGAGGAGCAGUGAGGAGUAUGUUCGACAAGCUUCUCUCUGCCUACGAUCUUAUCGCUUUCCAAGAAACCAAGUUUUCCAAGCCGGAUCAUAUUCGGGUGGUCACACACUACAUCAAGUCUUCUGACGCGACGGCUCGCGCCUUCUGGUCUCAUCGCGACGACGCCGACUUCACAAUUCGUAACGGUGUAGCUCUCAUACUUUCCAGUACCCAUCCCUUCACCUCAGUGACAGAUGUCACCACACUCUAUGCUCAUGCUGAUUAG